GACCAACAUCAUAUUCAAAUAUACACAUUUUCUGACUUUGGGUCAUUUGCGUUGAAAAAUUUGUUCCGGUUUGUACGUAUACCAGUGGUUCGACAUAAAAAUCGAUUCGGAAUUAUCAAAAAUAUUGUGAAGGUUGAACAUUAAAACGAUUUUUUUUUUCUCGAUACCAUCCAAUAUAGUUUGUGACCGUGUUUGGUUAAGUUCGAGCGGGUACGAAACGGGUGAUGCGAUAAAAUUGAGCUUCGACAAUGGUGCAGUACGUUGUGUUUGCGGCUUUUCUGGUGCUUCGUAUAUUAUCGGUGUUUGUGGUGAAAACUUGGUACGUGCCGGACGAAUAUUGGCAAAGUUUAGAAGUGGGUCAUAAAUUAACCUUUGGAUAUGGUCACAUGACAUGGGAAUGGUCAAAAGGCAUACGCAGUUAUAUUCAUCCAUUGUCGAUAGCGGCCGUGUAUCGAGCGCUUGCCUGGUUUGGUCUUGAUCAAGUGGAAUAUUUGGUGUUGGUGCCGCGUAUUUUACAAGCCAUACUAUCUGCAUUCAGUGACUAUUGCUUCUAUCGAUGGAAUAAGAAUAGUAAAUGGUCGAUAUUUGUAAUAGCAACAUCCUGGUUUUGGUUUUACACCGCCACCCGAACAUUGUCGAAUACAAUCGAAACGUGUUUAACAACGAUUGCGCUCAGCCUAUAUCCACGACAUCAUGAGCCCGAUUCGCAUAAAUUCCUUUGGAUUGUUGCCUUAUUGUGUUUCAUUCGGCCAACGGCCGCUAUUUUAUGGUUUCCGUUGUGCAUAAUUCAUAUGCGAAAAUCUAUUCAUUCGGUUGCCGAGCUAUUGAUUAAGCGGUAUUUACUAAUUGCGUUAAUUGUUGGCGCAAUCGCUGUAUCGUUAGAUUCAUAUGCGUAUGGACGUUUUAUUGUAACACCGUUUGAAUUUUUCAAAGUAAAUGUGCUGGAGAAUGUGGGCAGUUUUUAUGGAACUCAGCCAUGGCAUUGGUAUUUUACAAUUGGUUUGCCAACAAUUUUGGGUCCAUUCACAUUACCAUUGCUAACGGCUGUGCUACAGACAUUACAAAAUCGCGACACAUAUCCAGAUCGAUGCAAUUUAUUAAUUUCAACGAUUUUUACGCUGGUCGUGUACAGUUUUCUUCCGCAUAAAGAGUUCCGUUUUAUUUUACCAUUGUUGCCAAUUUGUUUGCAUAUCAUCGCCGAUUCGUUGAAAAAUUGGAGUCGCAAUGCAUCGCGUAUUAUUAUUUGGAUUGUUGCAUUGGCAUUGCUUACAUUCAAUGCAAUACCAGCCAUCUAUUUAAGUUGGAUACAUCAACGUGGCACCAUCGAUAUUAUGCAACCAAUUGAACGGAUUGCACGUGAAUAUCGAGAUUCGGAUGGACAUUUGGCAAAAUUCUUAUUUUUAAUGCCAUGCCAUUCAACACCGUUCUACAGUCACGUUCACCAAAAUGUAACAUUACGAUUUUUGACAUGCGAACCCAAUUUGAAUGGCGAAGAAAAUUAUAUUGAUGAAGCCGACCAAUUUUACGCAAAUCCAGCCGCUUGGCUACGAUCUCACGUACCCGUCUAUCCAAAAUCAGCGUUACCAACGCAUACGGUUCUAUUCGAUAGCCUUCAACCGCAAAUUAGCGAAUUUCUCAAAAGUUACAAAUUAAUCGAAACUGUAUAUCACAGCAACUAUACAGACACACGGGUCGGACACAAUGUACUACUUUAUGAACGUGUCGCUGAUGCUCCGCCAACCAAACCAAAAGUUGAACCCAACCAAUUCAACAAACCGGAACAUUUUGACAACACAAUUCAUGAUGAAUUUUAGUACAAUCAUUUAACGCAUGCACACACACCGAAUCAAAGCAAAUAGACAUGCUAUUUAAGCCUUUCACACAAAGUCUGACCAUUCGGAAGCCUAUCUUUUUUUUCACGUUUUAAUACAAUGUGUGUGUAUGUUCAAAUUUAAAAAAAAAACAUCAAAAUUUGCAAUACAGUACAAUUUACUGUAAAAUAUGUUAAUUUUGUUUUAUUUAUCAACUAAAUUUUGUUUAUUUUUUGUUUAAAUUUUUUUUUGGAUUGAUGCAAUAAAACGAAAAUAUGACUUUUAUAUCUAAAAAAACAUUCAAAGACAUUCAAACCACAAGCCUUAGUAAAUGAUAUGUAUUAAGGGGAAUGUAGUUGAAUUUUUGACUUCUGAUUAGUAGACAUAAAUUGUAACAAAAAAAUAAACAAUGUUGACAUUAAUAUAAAAAUAAUAAUUGUAAUAAAAA